AUGAUCUACUACCUCAUUCUCGUUGCGACGGCCGCUGUUGCCUCUGCGCAGGUCACCUUCGACCCAGUCACCAAUAAAUUCGUCUGCCCAGCUGAUAAACUUAAUGGCGCCUUCUGUGCGGGUGAUUCUCUCGGUACAAACAUCAUCAUCAGAUGUACAGACGGGGUUGGGCAACCUGGAAACUGCAACGAUAACUUGGCUGGAUAUUUCCCAUUUGGCGUCCGAUCGUCCCUCUGCUGGCAGUCAUCUGCCACAAGUGGAAUUGCCGCUUGCUCCAAGAAUUGCAUUGUCCAAGGCGGUUCCGGUACAUUUAACGGUACUUUGACGCUCCCGGAUUGUAUACCGAUCUCGCAGUCCUCUUCCUCCGUUGAAAGCACGACAGUUUCGACCUACGUCCCAUCUUCUCAAUCUUCUAAUGUGAGCACGACAACUUCGACCUAUGUUCAACCUUCGAGCACACCCGAGUCUAGCACCACUUUGACGUACUUAAAUCCUGGUCCUAGCACUUCAUUGUCGUCAAACAUCACCAGCACUUACGUCAACCCAGGCCAUUCGACUGUAACGAUCACCUCUACGGGAACCGUUACUACGACCUGCGUUACCGAUGGGACAACCACCACCAGCACUGUUGUCUUCACGACCACAUAUUGCCCGGACUCCUCCCCCGUUCUCCCACCUAGUCUCCCCACGGGUCUGACAUCAACCUACGUCCAGCCCUCAGGUCCCUCCACGGAUCUGACAUUUACCUACUUCCAGCCCUCAGGAACCCCUGGUACCGUCAGUCCAUCCGGGUCUCCUGUCCCCAGCGGAAAUGGGACCCUUCCAACCACGGUACCUGCAUCCGGCUCUGGCUCUGGCUCUGCGACAGCCACUCCAGUCGGUCCCACAGCGAGCCCGUCCAGCACCGGCCCUGUCCUGAGCAACGACGCAAUAGGCCACUUCCGCACUCCCGGCGCGGGUCUUGCCGCGCUCUGCUUGUUCGUUGUAUACUUCCUCUAA